AGCUCUGAAAUACUACAGUAUUCAUUUGAUUACAAUUCAUAUAAAAGCUGCCACUCGGUACAACAUCCUUUGUGGUCCUGGUUAUUAUCCAAGUUACCACAUAUUUUUGGCGACGAGGUGAACUUGAAUUGUUUUUCCAUCGCGUUUUGUUUUCAGUGUUAGCUAAAAACAGUGUGCUAGCUAGCGAACUUUAGGCGACUAUCUUCAUGAGUGGAAGCUCGAGCAGUGCAGAGGAGCACGGUGAAGAGAGAAUCAGAACGCCAGUGGCUGUAGAGGAGCGACAAGGAUAAGGAGAAGAGCACAGCAUUCAAAUGGCUACGUUUGGGACUAUCGGUGAAUUCGUGGAAGGAGACGAGGACUGGACAGAGUAUGAGGAAAGCCUGACCCUGGAGCUGAGGCUGGACAUGGAGCUGAGGCUGGUCAUGGAGCUGAGGCUGGACAUGGAGCUGAGGCUGGGGUGUGUGGACUACAGCCUCAACUUGGAGCAGUGUUUCUUCUCCUCAACGCUCUCUCUCUUCGUCCCCCUCCGUCCGUCCAUUAUGACCCAAGUGCCGGCUCCGCACCUCGCCAUACUGGAGAGGUCCAAGAAUGUCAAGGACGAGGACAAGAUGUACCGCUUCGAGGGUCGCCUCUACCCCUCCAUCGUGAGCCCCGCCGAGAACCUGGAGGCCCUUAGGACCAUGGAGGCGCGGGCCGACGAUGUGAUGCUGGUGGCCUAUCCCAAGUGCGGAUUCAACUGGAUGGUGGCAGUGCUGCGGAAAAUCAUAGCAGCAUCCAGCGGAGUUAAGGAGUCCUCAGAAAUGGCUCCACUGAUUGAGUUCUGCACACCAGAGAGACAGAAGGCAAUAGCUGAACAGCCUUCUCCAAGGCUUCUUGGUACGCAUCUGUACCCUGAGAUCAUCCCCGCAUCUUUUAAAGACAUGAAAACUAAAAUGCUGGUGGUGUGGAGGAACCCCAAGGACACGCUGGUCUCCUACUUCCACUUCAUGAACAAGAACCCAGUGCUCCCCAGCGUGGAGUGGGAUCAGUUCUUCUCAGACUUCAUGAGCGGAGAAGUCGGCUGGGGUUCAUAUUUUGAUCAUGCUCUCGCCUGGAAUAAACUUAUGGAUGAUCCAAAUGUAAAGACUGUUACAUUUGAGGAGUUGAAACAGGACCUGAGUGAGGGCAUCAGGCAGAUCUCCCAGUUCUUUGGCUUCCCCCUUACUGAAGAGCAGGUCCAGACCAUCUACUCAGAGACAACCUUCAGCGCUAUGAGUACCAACAGUGUACACGGAAAAAUGGGCAGUGUCUUCUUCAGAAAAGGUGAGGUGGGUGACUGGAGGAAUCACUUCAGUGAGGCCCAGAGCCAACAGAUGGACGAGGAGUUCAACAAGAGACUAGCAGGAACCAAACUGGGGGCCCUGCUCCAAUACGACACCUAUUGCAAGUAGGGAGAAAAUAACCAAUGUGCCAACGCCUUACAAGAUGUGUAUUUUUAAAUAGACAUGUUAAAAUAUUGUUGUUACAAAACACAAUGUGUGAAUAAGUACCAAAAUAAUAAAUAACAAAAUGUUACAAAUUUAAAUGAGAUUACACACUGAAGUAUUCUAAACAUGUAUAAGCUUUUUGAGAAAAAUAAAAAUCCUGAAAUCUG